GCAGCAUCAGACCUGCAGCUGUCCGCUCAUCAGCACAGCAGCAGCCUCACCGCAGCUACCAUGAAGCCAACACCUUGGGAAGCUGUUGUCACGAUUGGAGUUAUUAUUUCUCAGAUUACAAGCAUCAGGAUUUCAUCUAGAUCUACAGACUGUUUGGCUGCUUUGGAUACCUGCCUGUCAGAUUUAUGCAAGAGUGAAAAGGCAUUUCUCAGAGGCAUCUGUGAGGUUAACGAUGAAGGCUGCCAAAUAAAAGGCUCAAAGAUCUGUAACAUGACCAUCCAGGCCAUACUGGACCAAUUCCCCUCAAUGCAUGCGUGUCUGUGUGCUUGGGAGGAGGAGCCUUGUGCCUCUAUACAAGCGCUUACUGUACAGUGCCACCCAAAGCCAGCUCUGCAGAAGAGGAGCACUUCAGAGAUGGACUGGCAAUCUAGCAUACUAAAAGGCUAUGUUUAUGACGGUACUGGAUCCUGCUUGAAACAAAUGGAAGUCUGCCUGGAUGAUGAGAUUUGCAACAGGUAUCUGGUGCCUUUUGUUCAGGCUUGUGCUGCAGGGCAAUGCAACAGGACCCACUGCCAGCAAGCCACAAGGCAGUUUUACAGCGGCAUGCCGUACAAUGUAGCAGAGAUGCUGUUCAUGUGCGAGUGUGAGGCUGGGGCUCCGAACUGCCUCCAUAUCAAAAAGACUCUGCACAGUGGCACAUGUGGAGAGGAGACGUGGACCUGCCAGGAGGGGCUGAACCACUGCCUUGCAGACUGGCACUGCAGAAAUGUGUUCGAAACCUUUCAAGCGAAAUGCUGGCAUGCUGAACUCACACAGUGCAGCGAUUCUGAGAACACAGACGGCGAAUGCGUCAGCCAGAUGAAUCCAGCUCUUGUCCUUGGUGGAGAUAUUCAAUGUAAGAUGGCCUUUUUGGCCACUGUGGGCACGACGCUUCAUUAUCCUUGUACCUGCAAAGGACUGCAUGAUGAAGAGAUGCUGAAGUGCAACACACUUCAUGAUAUAUUUCAUAACCGGUCCCUUUACAUGAUACCUUUGAAAAUCACCAGUGCUUCUUUUAAACCUCCUGAAGUGAAUGAAUCUGAACAAGGUCCUGAAUGGGUAACUGAUUAUCUGCUAUAUGCUUUUGUAUACACGUUCCUUGCUGGACUUAUUCUGUUAAUGCCCAUUGUUGUUUUCUAUAAAGUAUGGAUGAUGAGAAGAGGGGAUAAAACCAAAUUUCAGCCUCCUAAAAAAAGGAACUGUGUUGUUAUUCUCUAA